AUGAGUGCAAUGGAUGUGUACGGCUUCCAACAACCGCAUACCACGGGUUACUACGGGCAACAGAUGGCUUCGAUCGAGGAACAAGAGCGUGAUAGCUACUACCACUACUACAACGGAUACUACACGUUCUUCGAUGGAGUUGAGCUGAGCGGACAGAGUUCGCCCCAGAGCCGUCCACAGUCCACCGGUGUCGUCAGUGAAGCGAGCGGGAUCAGCACAGACACGGCCAUGCGACGACGCAAGCAGAAGACACUUGUAGCAGCAGCAUCAGCAGCAGCAGCAAGCAGCAGUAGUGACACCCAGGCAAAUGGCGAAUCGGUGGCGCCGGUCAAGCAGAGGAGAAACAAACGUACCGGUGUCGUACCGGUUGUGGUGAAGAAGAAGCGCCGCCUGGCAGCGAAUGCCCGCGAACGGAAGCGGAUGAAGGGUCUGAACGAGGCGUUCGAUCGGUUGCGUCAGUAUUUGCCCUCGCUUGGGGAUGAUCGACAGUUUUCGAAGCACGAAACAUUGCAAAUGGCCCAAACGUACAUCAGCGCACUGGCGGAGCUGUUGGUCUGAGCAAUGACGCG